AUGGCGCCACCAAAGGGCGGCUAUGCGCCCACACUGGACAAGUUCCUAGAUUCACUCAAGAACAGGCCAGUCGAGGCUUCAGUCGAAUCACUCAUAUCUCUCCUCAAGCGACGACAGAUUACGGGCUCUGAGUCUUGCGCCCUUGCGACUGCACAUAUCCUCCGACAACUCGUUGCUAGGGACAAGUGGCUAAAUGUCGAGCAACUACUGGAGCGCGUUCAGUCCGUUGGUCGCAAACUUGUCGCUGCGUCUCCCCGCGAGAUGACAAUUGGCAAUAUUGUACGGAGAAUACUGGGCUUGAUUCGUGAUGAGGCCGAGGAAGACCGCAACGAGGCUGGCAUAUCUACACCGGAUGCUCAUAAUUCGCCUACACGGUCACCCUUGAAAAUCGACAGCCCUCCUGCAAGAACUGCACGACCGACCUUCCCCACUGCCCUGAGUACUUUGACGAGAACGCAGUCCAUGUUCAACAUCCUAGCAGAUCCCGAUCUUGUUCCGCCAAACUGGAUGAACGGCACGCCCUUGGCAAGUUCAGGCGCCUCUACGCCCCUGCAGAAUCUUUCUACCAACACGUCUGCUCUCCGCUCAGAGGUCCUAGACGGCAUUGAGGAGAUCAUGGACGAGAUAAAGCAGGUUGAUGAUCAAUUAUGCGGCUAUUCGGACAUUAUAAUCCAUCCGGGUGAUUUCAUCCUUGUCCACCAGCCCUCAAGAACCAUUCAGAGAUUCCUCGUCAGAUCCAAGAGAAAGUUCACGCUAUUCGUUGUAACAGACCCCGCCACGCAGUCGGAGUCAGGCGAUCAGUAUGCCUCACUGCGCAAGUCGUUGGCAGCAAACGGCUCUGUUCUUAUCAAUGUUAUGAACUCUGGGCUUAUGGCCUAUAUGGCUAGAGUCAACAAGGUCAUUCUAAGCGCUCGGGCGGUCACGGCGAAAGGCGGCGUGACUGUGGACGCAGGUGCUGCCGCCAUCGCACGCGCAGCCCGCACCCAAGGCAGGACAGUCAUUGUUCUGGGAGGAGUGUAUAAGCUCAGCCCUGACAGCCAGGCCAACCAAAGCAUUGCAACAGAAUGGGGUGACCCCUCCAAGUAUGUCAACUUCUCUGAUGGCCAGCUCGUUGGCCACGUUGAUGUGAAGAAUGCCGUUUCCGAGUUCAUCCCUGCAGAAGAUAUCGACACAUAUAUCACGAACCUUGGAGCCCAUUCUCGCGAGCACCUACACACCAUCAUAAACGACCACUACAAGGAAGCCGACAUUGCACUGGAUCUGUACGGUAAGAUCCGGAAAUAG